UACUACUCAGCUACUAAAAACAAGGACAUCUUGAAAUUUGCAGUCAGAUGCAUGGAACGAGAAAAGGUCAUCCUGAGUGAUGUAAACCAGAUCCAGAAAUACAAACAUGUUUAUCAGCAAGAGAGCUGCAAGAAAUAGGACCCUUGCUGGUUUCCACAUAUUUGAUGCCAGCAUGGUCCUGCUAAACAAGUCUGCCAAUCACCAAAUAAGAGGUUUCACUUUAGCUACAAUAGCAUGCAUAAUGUGCAAUACCUCUAUGGCCCUUCCAGAAUGGCGAAAUUGCUACUUGAACAACUCCAUGCUUUCCUACCCAAGUCUGGCUUUUGUGAAUAUUUGGGAGGCCUACAUCUGCCACCACAACCACAACUCAAGCCACCUGAGAGAUUGCCAUUGCUACACCUGCCAUAAUAACCUUGUUCCUUUGGAUAUCCGGGUAUCUCAAAUUCUGCUCCUGGUUGCAAACGUUGUUGGUCUGGUUGGGACAGUUUGUUCUGUCUUUGCUCUACAGCAGUUAUACACAGAGGAACUGCAUAAGAAUAAUGACUACAAUCCAUUUGUUCUUUCAGCUGUCCUCAAUGCUAUUGCUAGCACCUUUAUUUUUCUUGCUGUUAUGUGUAAUCACCUCUCCGUGCCCAGCAAGGAAGAGGUAUCUUUCCUGCAAUCUUUCCAAAUGCCAAUUUUUUCCAAUGCUCAAAGAGCAGGCAGAGCCAUGGGAUUGGCAUAUAUAUCUGCCAUAUUGUUUUUAUUAAGUGCUAUAAUUUUUAUUUCUUACUGUCCUUCAAUGGAAAUCAAAAUGUUUCCCCGUGUCUGAAAAUAAAUUUGCAGCAUACAUAACCUUGAAAAUCAAAA